GUCUGACCAGAUAAGACAUUUGGGCGGGAAGACUAAUGUUUGGGGUUUUUUUCCUUUUUUUUUUUUAAGCAUUAGUUGUUCCAAAUGUCUUAAAUCAACUGCUAGACAGGUAUUUGUGGCAGUCACACUAAACUGUAAUCACCAACUGAAGUAGGAUGAAUGAUGUAAAAAGGGACCAACUUCACCUGGAUGUUGAAGAGAUGCCUGCCCUUGGCCAGAAACGGGACAAUGCUCCAGAGAUCACAGGAACUCGAUGUUUGCGGAACCGAGAGCUACUCAGGAAAAGAAAAGCUGAAGCCCAAGAAAAAGAAACAUCACAGUGGCUCAGAUCCACAAAUCAAAGCAAACGGCAAAGAACAUCAAGAGGCCGUGCCCAACCACAAACUAAAGAAACAAAGAAGGGGCCUCUGCCACAAGUAGUGAGGGUGGAACAGGAAGAAAAAGAAAGGAAAGAACUGCUAUCUCCGGAGCAGCAGAAUGAGUCACCGAAGACUGUUGCUGGGGCCUUCCAUUCUAUAGAAAACCAAGAAAUGACUGUGAUAGCACAUGCCCCUAAAACAUGUCAAUAUGCAGCUAUACCUCAAGACCACACAGCUGAGACGUACCAAGACGCAUCGGAGUCUAAGGAUCUCUCUCCUAAAACAUGCCAAGAAACAGCUGUGCCUGAAAAACAAACCUCUACAACAUACCAAGAAACCACUGUGUUUCAAGAGGUGCCUGCUAAAACAUGCCAAGGAACAGUUGUACCUGAAUCCUUCUCUCCAAAAAGAUACCAAGAAACCACUCUUCCUAAAGAUUGUUUUCCGAAAAUGGCUAUCACUGAAAUCCAUGCACCUAAGAGUUGCCAAGAAACAGCUGUCCCCGAACAACUUUCUCCCAAAACAUGCCAAGAAACAGUUGUACCCGAACAACUUUCUCCUAAAACAUACCAAGAAACAGCUGUUCCUGAAGAAAUUUCUCCUAAAACAUGCCAAGAAACAGUUGUACCUGAAGAACUUUCUCCUAAAACAUGCCAAGAAAUAGCUGUACCUAGAGAGCUUUCUCCUAAAACAUGCCAGGACAUAGGUGAAUCUGAAAAAUACGCCCUUGAAACAUAUCAGAAAGCAACUGUACCUGAAGAUCUCUCUCCUAAAACAUGCCAAGAAAGAGCUAUGCCUGAAAAACAAACCUGUACAACAUACCAAGAAACCACUGUGUUUCAAGAGGUGCCUCCAAAAACAUACCAAGGAAAAGCUGGACCUGAAUCUUUCUCUCCUAUAGGAUACCAAGAAAGAACUCUUCCUAAAGAUUGCUCUCUGAAAAUAUUUAAAGAAACGGCUGUCACUGAAAACUAUGUACCUAAGAGAUGCCAAGAAAUGGCUGUCCCUGAAGAGCUUGCUUCUAAAUCAUGCCGGGACAUAGGGGUGUCUGAACAAUAUGCCCUUGAAACAUACCAAGAGACAGACAUGCCUGAAGAUCUCUCUCCUAAAAUGUGUCAAGAAAGAGCUAUAAUUGAGAAGUUUUCACCUAAAAGAUGCCAAGAAGCCACUAUUUAUGAAGCACCUUCUCCUAAAAUAUGCCAAGACAUAGUUGUGCCUGAAAAACAUAUCCUUGUAACAUGCCAAGACACAGCUGUACCAGAAUCUUUCUCUGAUAAAAGAUACCAAGAAACAGCUAUUCCUAGAGAUUGCUUUCCUAAAACACAUCAAGAAACAGCUAUCACUGAAAACUAUGCACCUAAGAGAUGCCAAGAAACAGCUGUGCCUGAAGAGUUUACUCCCCAAACAUGCCAGGAAAUAGUUGUGUCUGAAAGAUAUGCCCUUAAAACAUACCAAGGAACAGCUGUGCCAGAAAAACAUAGCUCUAUAACAUGCCAAGGAGCAGCUGUGUCUCAAGAAUGCUCUCCCAAGACAGUCCACGAAGGAGCUAUAUCUGAACAAGGUUUCCCUAAAAUCUACCGAGAAACUGUUGCGUGUGAAAGCGGCUUCCUUAAACCAUUCCAGGAAACAGGGGCGCUUGAAGAACAUACCUCUAAACUGUACCAAAAGACAGAUGAACCCAAAGAUCUUCCUCCUAAGGCACAUCAGGAAAGAGCUAUACCUGAAAAAUAUUCCCCUAAAACACACCAAGGAACAGCUGUUCAUGAAGUUCUUUUGACUAAAACGUGCCAGGAGAAAAACAUAUUUGAAAAACAUGCCCCCAAGAUAUUCCAAGAAAGGGCUGUGUCUGAAGAUCUUUUGUCUAAAAAAUACCAAGAAAGAGAUGGAAUUAAAGGGUAUCCUGAGGGAACAUACCAAAAUACAGCUGUGGCUGAAGAUCUCACACCUAAUAUAAGCCAGAAAAUAUCUGUGCUGGAAAAAUAUGUCCCUAAAACAUACCAAGAAGCAGCCAUGCCUAAAACUCUCUUGACAAAAAUAUGGCACAAAACAGCUGGUCCUGAAGAGAUUCAUACUGAAGCAUACCCCAAAAAGGCUAUUCCUGAAGUUAAGGAUCCUGGGACAAAAGGAGAAACUGCUACGGCUAUCAUCUGUUCUCCAAAGCUGAAAAAAUUAACAAAAGCAGAGGAGCCAGAAAAGCCUGCAAUUCUGAAUCUUUCCCAGGAGAAUAAUGCAAAGAUUGAUUACUACAGAUAUCAACAAUUCCCUCAACCAUAAUAGUUUCACAAACUAAAGAUACAGUAUCCUAAUACUUCAAAUGCACAAUUUCUCUACAUGCAAUAAAGUACAGAUCUUUAUAGUAUUCAAUAAUAAUUUGACUCAGGGAUAGUUUCCCUAUGUACUCUAUAUUUAACAUGUUUCAAGACAAGGCUUCAGCCAUGGUGUGUUAUUGGGUGUGCUAGGGAAUUGGGGGUAGGUGGGAGCAGAUUGGAUGGGGUUGGGGGGAAAGGGAGGAAAAAUACCUGAGAACUAUCUUUUUGUUCCUCAGAAAACAAAAUUGUUCUAAUACUUGAUAGUAAGUGAUUAAAUAAUUAGGAACAUUUAAAACCUUUUGUGGGCAGUUUAUAAUUUUCUUGUAAACAAAUCAAAUAUUAAUGUAGUAAGAAUUUCAUUAUUUUAUUUAGGCUUUUAAGAAAGUUGGUUGUUUAAUUAGUGUAGCAGUUUUACUUGCUACUAUGAGGAUCCUCAAAACCUACCUAGUGCAGGGGUGUGUGUGUGCAUAUAGCUUAUUUUUGUGUGUUUUGGUUUUGAUCUCCUAUUUUUAACUAAAUAAAAAUAUUAUGUAUAUAACCGUUGUGUCAGAGGCUUCUUCCUGAUGUGAAACAAUAGGAUAUGUUUUGGGGGAUUCCUCAAUUCUCUGGCUCAUUGCCUGGAUGCUCAUAAUCUCGGAAUUUGAGUGUCUAACCCUCUUUACCGCAAACACAUAGUUAUAAAGUCUCAAAGCAUGAACAGUUUUUUUUUUAACAAAGUAAUGGUAAUAAGUGGGUCUCACAUCUGAAUCCAUAGAAAGAAGUAAGAUUUGCCUGUAUAAUUUCUGUUAGUUACUUAAUGUAUGGGUUGUCCCAAAAGUCUCAGUGUAGUUUUUUUUUUUUUUUUUGCAGGCAAUGGGGGUUAAGUGACUUGCCCAGGGUCACACAGCUAGUAAGUGUCAAGUGUCUGAGGUUGGAUUUGAACUCAGGUGCUCCUGAAUCCAGGGCCGGUACUUUAUCCACUGCACCACCUAGCUGCCCCUUAGUGUAGUUUUAAGAUCAUAAAAUCCAAAAACUCUCCAAAGACUUUCGGGACACCUUGUUUUACUCUAGGUGUGGCACUCUAGCAGAGAUGGUUGGAGUUUGCUUUUCUAUGGUGGCAUUCCCCUCCAUAUUAUCUUUGCCUGACCAGUAUUGCUUAUAUCUUUUCCCUGGGGGGCAGCCAGGUGGUGCAGUGGCCCUGAAGUUGGGAGAACCUGAGUUCAAAUCUCAUCU